CGCAGUUUGCAAAACAUUCGCAGUAAGAUGGCGCUGUCUGGAGGGGCGGACAGAGGAUCUCACAGCAUGGAUAAGAGCAUAACACUCCCUCCGGAUGAAAUCUUCCGCAAUUUGGAGAACGCCAAGAGGUUCGCUAUAGAUAUAGGUGGCUCUUUGACAAAACUGGCCUAUUACUCCACUGUUCAGCACAAAGUUGCCAAAGUAAGGUCAUUCGAUCAUUCAGCGAAGGUAAGCUUGCAGGAAAAAGAUGGCGACCCUCUUUAUGAGAUAUCUGUUCAGGAAGAGAUUACUGCCCGUCUUCACUUUAUCAAGUUUGAGAAUGCUUACAUUGAAACCUGCCUGGAUUUCAUUAAGGACCACUUGGUUAACACAGAAACCAAAGUCAUCAAAGCUACUGGUGGAGGGGCGUACAAGUUCAAGGACUUGAUAGAGAAAAAGUUAAAGCUAAAAGUGGACAAAGAGGAUGAAAUGACUUGUCUGAUUAAGGGAUGCAACUUUGUUCUGAAGAAUAUCCCACAUGAGGCUUUUGUGUAUGCCAAACACGCUGAUUCUGAAUUCCGGUUCCAGAAUACACACCCGGACAUCUUCCCAUACCUACUUAUAAAUAUUGGCUCUGGAGUCUCAAUAGUAAAGGUUGAAUCAGAGGACAAAUUUGAGCGUAUUGGUGGCAGUUCUAUAGGUGGUGGCACUUUUUGGGGUCUUGGAGCAUUACUCACAAAAACUAAGAGGUUUGAUGAACUUUUGCAGUUAGCUUCCAAAGGACAACACACAAAUGUGGAUAUGCUUGUUAAAGACAUCUAUGGAGGUGCUUACGGGUCCCUGGGUUUAACUGGUGACCUCAUUGCAAGUAGCUUUGGGAAAUCAGCCACCACAGACAAAGAGUUCUCCAAAGAAGACAUGGCAAAGAGUCUACUGCAUAUGAUAAGCAAUGACAUUGGACAGCUGGCCUGCCUCUACGCCAAACUGCAUAACCUUACCAGAGUCUAUUUCGGAGGAUUCUUCAUUCGAGGACAUCCUGUCACCAUGCACACCAUCACCUAUAGCAUCAACUUCUUCACUAAGGGGGAGGUCCAGGCUUUAUUUCUAAGACAUGAAGGAUAUCUUGGUGCUAUUGGGGCCUUUUUAAAGGGGGCAGAAGAAGACAACCCUAACCAGUACAGCUGGGGUGAGAACUAUGCUGGCAGCUCUGGUCUCAUGAGUGUAUCACCAGACUUAAAUCCUGUGCAGCGGGCUCGUAGCGGAACGUUUGACAUGUUGGAGAUGGACCGCCUGGAGAGGCAGCUAGUGAACCUCCCCCUGCUGCAGGACCCAACCUCUUAUAUCCCAGACACAGUGGACUUGACUGAGGAUGCUUUGGCUCGGGAGUACUGGCUCUUCUGCUUUGAGGAGGCAUUGGAUGGGGUGGUGAAGCGAGCUGUGGCUAGCCAGAAAGACCAACCAGAGGCUGUGGAGAGGGCAGAAAAGUUUCGUCAGAAAUACCGUCACAAACUCCAGACUCUCCGGCACCAGCCUUUUGCUUAUGGAUCCCUCACCGUCAGAAGUCUUUUAGACACAAGAGAACACUGUUUAAACGAGUUCAACUUUCCUGACCCCUACUCUAAGAUCAAGCAGAAAGAGAAUGACAUGGCCCUGAAAUACUAUCUAAAGGUGGUGAAGUCAGUAGAGGAGCUGAGCUGGGAGCAAAGACAGUUCACUUUGGUCAAAGGCCUCCUGGCCGGCAACGUUUUCGACUGGGGAGCCAAAGCAGUGUCAGACGUGCUUGAAUCAGAUCCAGACUUUGGGUUUGAACAAGCAAAACAACAACUACAAGAGAGGCCAUGGCUUGUGGAUGCCUACAACCAAUGGAUUGAGAGAAUGAAGGGUCCUCCUCAUAAAUGUGCAUUGUUUUUCGUAGAUAAUAGUGGAAUAGACAUUAUUCUCGGGGUUUUCCCUUUCAUUAGAGAACUCCUCAUCCGAGGCACAGAGGUUGUGCUUGCCAGUAACUCAGGCCCUGCCCUAAAUGAUGUCACUAACAGUGAGCUGCAGAUCCUAACUGAGAGAAUAGCUGCCAUGGACCCUGUCAUUCAGGCUGCACUCAAAGAGGACAGACUUGCUUUGGUGCAGAAUGGUUCUAGUUCUCCUUGUUUAGACCUGAGUCGCCUGGACAAAGUCCUGGCCACAGUCGUCAGGGAGCGGGGCACAGAUCUGGUUAUCAUUGAAGGUAUGGGUCGGGCCAUCCACACAAACUACUACGCCAUGCUCAGCUGCGAAAGUCUUAAACUAGCCGUCAUAAAGAACUCCUGGCUGGCCGAGCGUCUUGGAGGCAAGAUCUUCAGUGUAGUCUUCAAGUACGAGGUCCCUUCUAAAUCUCGAGGGCAUCAUUAGGGAAAUAAAGAGGUUUUAGAGGUAAAAUGGCUAGCUCCAAAAGGAAAGAGCACUGCUUGGUCUUCUGUGCUUCUUCCUGAGAUUGACAUAAUGAUUGUAUUUGAGGUUUUCUUUUGCUCUUGCUUCCUUUUUUUUUUUUUUUUUUUAAUCAAAAUCAAUAAUAAAGGGGUGGUCGUGUGUGCCUGCUCUGAAAUUGAAUGUGCACGUCUGCUGUAGCCUCCCUCAUAACAAUUGGAUGACAGCUGUAGGGGCUUUUUCUUUUGAUGAGAUUGAAUUUUAUUGUUCUCAGACCAGAUUCUGUUGCUGAAGGUUCCUUCCUUUGGAUUCAGGAUGUAUUUGCAAUGACAAAUAUAAUAUUUUAUGAACAGUUUUGAAUUAGCCCUAAUCCUGUUGGAUUUAACAAUAUAUUUAAAAGUAUAAACCUGUGUUAAUUAAAUAUGGUUCUUUCUUUUGAAACAAAGUCUUUUUAAUGAACACAUUUUGUGUAUUUUUUUUUUUUUUUUUUUUUUUUGACAAGCAAUCUGGUUUCAAACAGAAUUGGUAUGUUUCUAAUUAUUUCACUCACUGCUUUUGUUACUGCCAUACUGAUUCAUAUCUCAUUCAGCUGGCAUUGUCUUUUAAUGGCUAGCACCUCUGUUCCCAUGACAACAUUUUGUAGCGACAAUGAUUUUGUAUUGUUUUAAUACAUUAGCAGUGGCGACCCAACUGAAGUUAAUAUCAAAAGCUUCUUACUCAAAAUAGCAUGCUUGGCUUGGUUUUUGGAAAAACUAAGUAACAAUUUAUGGAUUCUGAUUUAUUUUUUAUUUAUUUUUGGCCACUGUCUGAAUAUGAUAGAUAAAAUGGUGUAACUAUUUAAAUAUAAAUAGACAAAAGAUAACACAUUUUUUAAUGAGUUGUGCAUCCAAUAACACUAGGUGUCAGUGUUGUAUUAUAAUUAGUCCUAUACAAAUACCUUUCUUGAUAAAGACAAAUGCUAAUGUACUAGACUUUCAGGGUUCUCUCUCUCUCUCUCUUUUUCUUUAAAUUAUCAGCCAUUGAUUAGGGGAAAAAAUGACAGGGAACAGAGUCUGCUGUGCCUGCUUCAGAUAUUCCGUCAUUAUACUGUACUGCAUUUGUCCUCAAAUCUGAUGCAGCUCUUGCUUUCUACCGUCUGUGGAAAUCUUUGUAAUAUAAAAUCCAUUUCAGGGUUCUACAGCACAGCAUUGCCUCACUAUCACAGCUCUUUCUGGAUGGGAGAGAGAGACAGACAGUUUGUGUAUGCGAAAUAGAAAAAUCCAUUCAUGGUUUUUUAAGAUAAUCUAUAACACAAUCAAUAGUUUGUGGGCACUAAAUGUUAAAAGCACAGUAUUUCAGAGAUAUGUUACAGAGCAAGAAGCACAUCAAUUUUUUUGGUUGGUUCUCUCAAUAUAUCUUAUGUGUUUAUGCAUUAUUUACAUGUGUGGCCCAAAAAACCCAAAAUGUGUCAUGAAUUGCAUACAAAUUGACAAGCUAUGUUGUAUUUUAAGCGCAGUGUGUACGCCAUCAUUCUGACUAAAGGUUUUGGACUGAUAGUCUAGAAUGCGACACGUUCAGGAGUCAGUCUUGUGGUAGCUUUACAAUAUGCUCAUCACAGACGUUGUGGAAACAAGGAUCUCUCUCAGCCUAAAGCUGUUUGUACUGUCCAUAUUUAUCAUCUGGCCAAAGGCUUACUUUACUAAUGCAUUGUGAGAUUUUGUAAAAUCUAGUGUAAAUAUAACGUAAACUUGUACAUAAAAAUGUACUGUUUAUUUGCAUAUCUUGAUGCAUUCUUGAGAUUUCAGAGAAUUAUACUCACUUGACAAUCAUGUAAUUCUAUGUCAAAUAUAUUUUACACUGUCUUCACUCA